CUGAUGCGUACACAAGUCGGAUCCCCUCUGGAUAUCACGUAGCUCCUUCAACACUAGUCAGCGAUGGCCAGGAGCAGGGAAAUACAUCCAGCCUUACUCUCGUGAUCCGCAAGAUCGACUGGUCAGCCAUGACUGCUCAGGCUAUACAGCUCCUCCAGUUUGGCGGGAAAUCGAAUGAAUUCCAGCUGUAGGAGUGGAAGCGCAGGUCGGAGCGGGGAAGCGUAGAACGGUCGAAGCAAUUGAGAGGAAACUGCGGAUCAUGAGGCGAGAAUGGGAGGGAGAGAAGUUGCCAAGGGUUGUAUUCACGCUCCUCAUCGUCAGCAAAGCCGGCGGCCUGAUCUAUAACCGCGAAUUCCACGCCGGUCUGUCCAAGCAAGAUACCAAUGAGCUGCUCAUAAUCGCGGGCACCUUCCACGGUGUCCACGCCAUCUCCCAAAAACUCUGCCCCGUUCCCCCGGCCCAGCCUCCCCCCUCCAACAUCCCCACCAUGCCCGUCCGCCCCAGCGGCAUCGAAGUCAUGGAGUCCGCCAACUUCCGGCUGCAGUGCUUCCAGACGGUGACAGGGACCAAGUUCCUGCUGUUCACGGAGCCGCAGCAGCCGAACAUCGACGGCAUCAUGCGGCGGAUCUACGAGCUGUACUGCGAUUUCGCCAUGAAGAACCCGUUCUAUACAGUGGAGAUGCCGAUUCGGUGCGAGAAAUUUGAUCGGGGGUUGGAUGGGUUUGUAAAGGCUACGAGAUAAAGGGGAUAGGGGUAGAUAUAGGAUGGCGCUAUGGUGGUGUCUUUGAAGGGUUGGGUGUUCGAAUAACACCAACAUCAGAAAUACGUGGGUAUUCGGAAAUAUCACCCCCGCUUGCACUUUGUGUUUAUGUUCCUUGAGAACAAUUCACUUCUCGGCGCUGGAGUAGCAACAAACCCCAGAAGCCAUAGCUGGGUGAGGAAACCAUAGACGAGUCAGUUUGGUAUAAAGCGACAUCCGAGCGCAUCUAGAAGUGCCAAAACGCUAAAGCAUUUGAUAUUCCCAAUUGCUGAACCCUCGGUAUCCGCGACGC